ACUCGACCGGCUCUCCCCUUCCGGAUAUACCAACGGCUUGCACUUGCUCCUCCUCCUCCUCUGCCGAGGAUCUUUCACGCCGAUUUUCACCCGCGCACCGGACACCUGCCGAUUUUUUCAAGAGCCAUAAAAAAUGAUGAGCCUAAGAAUCGUCGUCAGCACGGCGCUGGUGCUCGUCGUCAUCGUCGACUGGACAAAGGCUUUUCCAGCGGAGGAUAAACAGGCCAUUAUAAACGGUCUCGCUUUGGCGGACGAGCGGGACGAGGAGACCACGGCGUUGGAAAGGGACCUGGUGAACUACUUGCUCGGUAGGCGGCUGCUCCUCGUGAAACGCCGCAAUCCGCCCAACAGCAUCGAGGACCUCCAGCUCAAGCGCAACUAUUGGCGGCAGUGCGCCUUCAACGCCGUCUCCUGCUUCGGCAAGUAGAGCGCCCAUCCGCAACUACGCCGAACGAGGGAUAAUGACAACGCGCUGCUUCUUCCUCCCCCCCCCCUCCGAAUUCAAAUUUUGAGAUUUCAAGACGAUUCAGUCUAUACGUGUCACUUUGUGUAGAUCCUCGUUGUUUCCUGCCCUUCACUAUAGCACUCCUUUUACGUUGUGUUCGGUCGAGACAUGUGCUCCGUAGUUUUGUCAUGCAGGUGUGCGAAUCACUAUGAUUGUUUUACAUAUUUCUCCCACGUGUCUGCGUGCACGUGCAACUUCGUGUGUGUCUUGCGUUCCUCUUCAUCACUAAUGUGAUGGCCAUUGAGAGUUUUUACACCGUAUAGAUGUACUUGUGUUGAAGUCCGCGUUAGUAUGGUAGUAACCAAUAAUUUUUUGACUCGAAUGCAAGACACGUGUCUGUUUUAAUCUGUCCGUGUUUGAGACUUUUACCCAUUUGUUUCAUUGGAUUUUUCAUGUCAACAACCGUACAUUUCUCAUGUCGGGCUCAAUUUCCUGCUGUACAAAAAUUGAUUUGUGUUCCUGUAACGAAUAUAGUCAAUAAUUAUCAUACCAAAGGUACAAAAAAAAAAUUAAAUUUUGACGCACGUACGAAUACUACGAGUGAAAAAUUAAUGUCACCCUUGCGGGUGCAAUGUAUGCACGAGCUUGACGUAUAAUAUACUCGCAUCUGUCGCUGUAAUAUGCACAUACACAAUUCGUAUGGCAAAAAUUAAUAAAGAAAUAAAAGUAAGUACGUGUUUUGGAAAACCUAAUUGGCAGCUAACGACAGAUCCGAGGGAUCGAAAUUGCAGCCUUCGUUCUCGAGCACAUAUGAUUAUUAUUAUUAUUAUUAUUAUUAUUAUAUAGUUACUAGCCGUUAGACUUUCAGCCAGUUAGACGUAGUUGCGAGAAAAAGUGACGGAUGAGUAGGUGCGAAUCUCCGGUUUGCUGAAUGUAAUUCGACAACUGCAUUUUUCUGCUCGACAAUGGCUGCGAGUCUGUUUUUGUUUCGCGAUGUUCCGAUAGAGUUUAUACAUGUUUAUGAUUAAGUGUAAGCUCGAAAAUGAAAUAAGAAAAAAAAAAAAAAAAAAAAAUUAACAAUAAUCAUCGCUACGGUAGAAAUUUGUGUUUCUUUUAUCAACGUGGUCCCAUGGAUGUUCGUCAAAUGUGGAAAUAAAAUUAAUUUCAACGCUUGUAUUACACUUUCAAAAUCGUUUGAUACGACACGUUAUUGAAAAAUGUUAUAAUUUCAAGUGAUAUGGUUGUGUAAUUAUCGACACACCAUUGUUCGUUGUGUUACUUGUAAAAGCAUGUAAAUUUAAGUACAACAUGAGCACAAUUAAAGUAUUUUUAAGCAAA